AUGCUCGAGCUGGGAAUCCAACGCGUGGGCGCCGUCAAACCACUGGAUGCAGCUAAACCGCGGCGCGGACCGCGCGCACUCGCAAAACGCCGCGGCCAUGGUGGAUUUGCCGAUCCCGUCAACCCCCACGAGGAGUUGAUAACGCCGCCCGAGGAGGAGGUUUUGCCAGAGCGACAUCACCUCCAUUUCACGGCCGAUCGUGCGGGAAGACAUCGUCGGCACGUGGUAAACAAGCGGAUCCGCCCCGUUCGCAUCGCGUGCAGGGGGGGCGUCAGAGAAGCUACUCUCAGUACGAGCCAAAAAAAACGGUAA